GCUGCGCGCUGUCCGCCCCUGGCUGCGCCGCUGCUGAGGGGAGGAGGAGGAGGGGCCUCCAUCUUUAUUUCUUUGUUUCAAAUCCUUCAAACUCGUUACAACCCCAUUCAUUUCAUGUGUGUACCGGUGUACUUCCGGGCGGGCGGCCCCUGGUGAUCACCGGAGCAGGUGCGAGUGGUGCCUCGGUGGACGGGGAAGGCCUCAGGCGGCGGGAGGAGGCGGACACCGGGAGAAUGAAGCGGCGGAAUGCUGACUGCAGCAAACUCCGGCGCCCGUUAAAACGGAACCGAAUCACGGAUGGGAUCUACGGCAGCACCUUCCUGUAUCUGAAGUUCCUGGUUGUCUGGGCCCUUGUGUUGCUGGCAGACUUUGUGCUGGAGUUCAGAUUUGAGUAUCUGUGGCCAUUCUGGUUGUUCAUCAGAAGUGUGUACGACUCGUUCAGAUACCAGGGCUUGGCAUUCUCAGUAUUUUUUGUGUGUGUAGCGUUCACAUCGGACAUAAUAUGUCUCCUAUUUAUACCAGUGCAAUGGCUAUUUUUUGCAGCCAGUACCUAUGUUUGGGUACAGUAUGUUUGGCAUACAGAAAGAGGAGUAUGCCUACCUACAGUCUCGCUGUGGAUAUUGUUUGUAUAUAUCGAAGCAGCAAUUAGGUUUAAAGAUCUGAAGAAUUUUCAUGUAGAUCUAUGUCGUCCAUUUGCUGCACACUGUAUUGGUUAUCCUGUAGUCACUUUAGGCUUCGGGUUCAAAAGCUACGUCAGUUAUAAGAUGCGGUUAAGAAAACAGAAAGAGGUACAGAAAGAAAAUGAGUUUUAUAUGCAGCUCCUGCAACAAGCACUGCCCCCAGAACAACAGAUGUUACAGAGACAAGAAAGGGAAGCCGAGGAAGCCGCCAAGGGUUUAUCUGAAAUGGAUUCUACAAUACUGUUACAGCACAAUGGGAUCUCGUCAAAUAAAAAGAUUUCCAGCACGUUACCAGAGCUGGAAUAUAAAGAAAAGGGCAAAGACAAGGAUGUGAAAAGACACAAUUUAGGGAUUAACAACAACAUCCUGCAGCCUACAGACUCUAAAGUACAGGAGAUUGAAUAUAUGGAGAAUCAUAUCAACAGUAAGCGACUGAAUAAUGACUUAGGGAGCACAGAAAACCUCUUAAAAGAGGACACGUGCACCACUUCUUCUAAGAACUACAAGAACACCACAGGGACAGCUAAUUCAUCUCCUCGGAGCCACAGCUCGUCUAAUGGGAGUAUCCCCUCCUCAGUGUCCAAUAAAAAUGACAAGAAGAAAUGCACUAGUAAAAGCCCAAACAGUCACAAAGAUCCCAUGGAGAACUGUAUCCCAAACAACCAGCUUAGCAAGCCAGAUACUUUAGUAAGGCUGGAACAAGAUGUAAAGAAAUUAAAAGCAGAUUUGCAGGGAAGCAGACAGAUUGAACAGGAUCUCCGCAGUCAGAUCAGUGUACUAACGAGCACAGAGCGGGGAAUUCGAAACGAAAUAGGGCAGCUCAGGCAGGAAAAUGAGCUGCUGCAAAAUAAAUUGCAUAAUGCUGUUCAAAUGAAACAGAAAGACAAGCAGACGAUCAGUCAGUUAGAGAAGAAGCUGAAAGCAGAGCAGGAAGCCCGAGCAUUUGUAGAGAAGCAGCUUAUGGAGGAGAAAAAAAGGAAGAAAUUAGAAGAAGCCACAGCAGCAAGGGCAGUUGCAUUUGCUGCAGCCAACAGAGGUGAAUGUACAGAAACCUUAAGAAGUCGGAUCAGAGAUUUAGAGAGUGAAUGUAAAAAAUUGUCCAUCGACAUGAAAUUAAAAGAAGACCAGAUAAGGGAACUGGAGUUAAAAGUUCAGGAGCUGCGAAAGUACAAAGAAAAUGAGAAGGAUACCGAGGUGUUAAUGUCUGCACUUUCAGCCAUGCAAGAUAAAACACAGCACUUAGAAAAUAGCCUCAGUGCAGAAACCAGGAUCAAGCUGGAUUUAUUCUCUGCACUAGGUGAUGCAAAAAGACAGCUGGAGAUUGCCCAAGGACAAAUUCUUCAGAAAGAUCAAGAAAUCAAAGACCUCAAACAGAAGAUUGCAGAAGUAAUGGCUGUAAUGCCCAGCAUCACAUACACUGCAGGGACAAGUACCCUAAGCCCAGUUUCCCCACACUACUCUUCCAAGUUUGUGGAAACUAACUCAUCUGGACUGGACCCCAAUGCAUCAGUUUACCAGCCACUCAAGAAAUGAAUGCCAGCUGACAUCAGCCCACCCAAUCCCCCAUCAUUUUUGUUUGACUGGAGUCCACAUACAAAAGCAUCUGUUGAAAUUAAAGAUGGAAUUGUAUUACAAGAA